CAGACUCCUCCCCCUCUGCCAUCGCAACUCAGUCAGCAGUCAGCAGCCAGCCAUCCAGCGGCAAGUUUUCGGGCAAUUCACCCACCCAAGGAAAAAGCCCGAAAAUGAGUCAGUUUAAGGAGCGCUUCGUGACUCUGCUCCAUGAGAAGAACUUUGUGACAGACCAGUUGGCGACGUUGGAACACAAAACGGGAGUGAAAAGAGAGUAUAUCACCGUGGGUGCUCUGAGUUUGGUCGGGCUGUAUCUGCUGUUUGGAUUUGGAGCCUCACUGCUCUGCAACCUGAUUGGAUUCGCCUAUCCAGCAUAUUUCUCCAUUAAGGCCAUCGAGAGCAAUGUGAAGGAGGACGACACGCAGUGGCUGACCUACUGGGUGGUGUAUGGACUCUUCAGCAUCGUCGAGGCCUUCUCCGACAUCUUCCUCUUCUGGUUUCCCUUCUACUACGCCAGCAAGUGUCUGUUCCUGAUUUGGUGCAUGGCUCCGGUGACGUGGAACGGCUCCGACAUGUUGUACAAGCGUGUGAUCCGGCCAUUUUUCCUGAAGCACCAGGCCGCCAUGGACACUAUGGUCAGCGAUCUGAGCGCCAGGGCUAAGAACAUAACCGAGUCGGUGACAAAGGAGGGUGAGAUCUCAGUGUACAUCUGUUAACCGGGCCCUCAACCAUGAAAAGGACCAGUGAGAAGUGUGUGUGUGUGUGUAUGUGUGUGUGUGUGUGUGUGUGUUAAUUGAAAGAGUGAGUAUGUGUGGGUUUGUUGUUUUCUGCUUCCGUCUUGCCCUCUCUUCCAUUUCCGUGACGAGUGAGGCUGAACCCCCGCGUCACGUGGUGAACUGAAAAGCUUGUCUGUGCGUCACCAUCAGUCUACUGCCAUCGGUACUGCCAAGACAAUCUGAAAAACUGUGACCUUUUUAUGUUUGACAUACCGUGUUGAUGGCAGACAUUACGUUUGUGUGCCUGUAAGCUCUCAGCAGUGAAUGUUAUUGUGUCUAUCGAAGCCAUUUGUGACAGAAAACAUUACGGUUACAAAGCAGGUUGUUUUUUAAUUACCGAUAACAAAGAUUGUUAACAUUGUUAAUCAAAACUGGAACUUGUCAUUAAUGUGUUCUUGCUCUCUAAAGCUCUACUCCUUUAUGUGCUAAUAAGCGUUUAAGUCUGCGUGAGCUAAUGGAAGGUUUUAAAUCUUAACUAUUGCCUUUGACAUGUCUUAAUUUAUCUUCUCACUAUGAUGAAAUAAUAAAACUGGAACCUUAAUGAACUAAA